GAGCGUUGCGUUACCUUGCCGGGCUCUCAGACGACUCAGACUCGGGGCCAGUACGCGUCUGACCACGCCGCUGAAAGUAUCUUUCUGUUACACGCACAGCCUCGUCAGGCUAGAAGCCGGUUCUUCACAACAUAUAACGAAAUGCCGAAUUGUCCAAAGUGCGACAAGCCUGUGUACUUCGCCGAGAGGAAGACAUCCUUAGGCAAAGAUUGGCACGGUUCGUGUUUACGCUGCGAGAAAUGCAAUAAGACCUUAACACCCGGGGGUCAUGCCGAGCACGAAGGGAAACCCUACUGCAAUCACCCUUGCUAUUCAGCUCUGUUCGGUCCAGGAGGUUUCGGACGUGGCGGUGCUGAAAGUUAUGUUUACAAUAAAUGAAGUGUAAAUGUAAAAGCAGUAAUGUGUACUUCAAUUAAGACAAUUAUACAAUUUCGAAUGCAAGGAGCAGUUGGACACUUAAAUAUAAAAUAACGAUCAUUCUGGUUAUUUAUGUAUACGUAAAUAUCUCUAUUUUCUACAAGAAUUUCAGGAAUGUAUACGGUAUUAAAUAUAAUAACGGUGCUAUAUAAGAAGAAAAUAA